UCUGUUUAAAAAAAACAAAAACCAAACCAAACCGAAACAAAAAACGAAAAACAAAAAAACCAGAAAGGACCGAGGACUCUGUCUCAGCUCUUUGCCUUUGGGUGUUUAUUCUGCACGAGAUCAUUGUUGCCAGGAGGUUUGGAGUGUGGACCCAAGAAUUUGCAUUUCUCCCAGGUUCCUGGACGAUGAUGCCACAGGUCUGGCGACCACAGUUUGAGAAUCUCUGAUGUCCACCAACUUGAAGAUAGAGAUCACUUCUUGGGAGGAGAAAAACGAUACUGUUUGCUGUGUAAUCCUGAGAAUGGGCUGCAAGAGAGGAAAAACUGGGUGUCUGCUUGGGAAUCUCUUGCGGAAACCCAGGGUGUUUCCAGACCAGUCCCUGGGCGCCAACUAGAGUAUGGACUGACCAGGUACCUGGAUGGAGACCUGAGCUGGAGAAGGAGAUGCGCUUGGAAAUUGCAGAGGCCGUCAACAUGGAAAAGCAGCCCCAGAACAAGAGGAGAGGCCUCGCCCCCCGAGAGGUGCCACCAGCUGUUGGGCUGCUGCUGAUCAUGGCCCUGAUGAAUACUCUGCUCUACCUCUGCCUCGACCACUUCUUCAUUGCUCCUCGACAAGCCAUUGUGGACCCCAGACACUGUCCCUAUGGUCACUUCAGGAUAGGACAGAUGAAAAACUGCUCACCUUGGCUGUCCUGUGAGGAGCUGAGAACAGAAGUGAGACAGCUAAAGCGUGUCGGGGAAGGAGCCGUGAAGAGAGUCUUUCUGUCUGAGUGGAAGGAGCACAAAGUUGCUCUCUCACGGCUUACCAGCCUGGAGAUGAAAGACGAUUUCCUCCAUGGACUGCAGAUGCUGAAAUCUCUACAAGGCGCACAUGUUGUCACGCUGCUUGGCUAUUGUGAGGAUGACAACACUAUUCUUACUGAAUAUCACCCUCUAGGUUCCUUGAGUAACCUGGAAGAAACACUAAACCUUUCAAAGUACCAAAAUGUGAACACGUGGCAGCACAGGCUGCAGCUGGCCAUGGACUAUGUCAGCAUCAUUAAUUACCUGCACCACAGCCCCAUGGGCACACGGGUCAUGUGUGACUCCAAUGACCUGCCCAAGACACUGUCUCAGUAUCUGCUGACAAGCAACUUCAGCAUUUUGGCAAAUGACUUGGAUGCCUUACCCCUGGUGAACCACAGCUCUGGGACACUGGUGAAGUGCGGCCACAGGGAGCUGCAUGGGGAUUUUGUGGCUCCAGAGCAACUGUGGCCCUACGGAGAGGACAUGCCUUUCCGUGAUAAUCUCAUGCCCUCAUAUGACGAGAAGAUUGACAUUUGGAAGAUCCCAGACAUCUCCAGUUUCCUUCUGGGGCACAUUGAAGGGAGUGAUAUGGUCCGAUUCCAUUUGUUUGAUAUUCACAAAGCAUGCAAGAGCCAGACUCCCUCAGAAAGACCCACUGCCCAGGACGUUCUGGAGACCUACCAGAAGGUCUUGGAUACACUUAGAGAUGCUGUGAUGUCUCAGGCAAGAGAGAUGCUGUGAAAACCAGUCCGGCCAAUGAAGGUCAUAUAUCUAAUAAGGAAUUGAUAUCCAGUGUACAUGUAGAACUCCUGUAAUUCAACACAAAAACCAAACAGUCCAACUAAUAAAUGGAGAAGAGAUUUGAAUGAACAUUUUUCUAAAGAACAACUCCAGCUCAAGAUUUCCCAGAUAACUUUUCUUUCUUCAAAAUCUGCUUCUGUGUUUCCUUAUCUGUAGGUGGCACAGCAUGCAUCUGAUUUCCCAAGCCAGAAACCUCAGAGUCAUUCUUGACUCCAGGAAGAAUUACUGAGUUUUUAAAAACUCAACUUAUUGAUUCAUUAUUUUAUAUAAUAAAAUGCAACAGUUUUAAGUAUAUAUUUCAAUGAGUUUUGAUACAUUUAUGUACUUGUGUCACUAUCCCCAUAGAUAAAGAGACAAAGCAUUUCUAUCACACCAGCAAUUUCCUAUGUGUCCCAUCCCAAUCAAUCCUUUCUUCUCUGCUGGCUCCAAGCAAUGACUCUUUCCUAUCUUUUUGGAAAGAUUAGAAUUUCUUUUCUAGAUUUCCAGUAAUGGAAUCAUACAGUGUCUAAGUCUAUUUGUGGUGCUAUAACAAAAUACCUGAGACUGGGUAAUUUAUAUAAAUUACAGGAAUUUAUUUCUCACAGUUCUGGAUGCUGAAAAGUUUAUGAUCAAGGCACUAGCAGGUUUGGUGUCUGAGGGCCCAGUUUCUUCUUUGAAGAUGGUGCUUUCAACACUGUCCUCACAUGAUAGAAGGGGCAGAUAGGCAAAAAAAAAAAAAAAAAAA